AUGGCUUCUUUUGAGGUAACUCGAGACAUCCGAGGUGCCGCUCAAGACCCGAAGAGAGCAAAGGAACAAUACCACAAAUGGUCCAAGGGCGCUCGGCCAUCGGCUGGUUGCAAUUACAUCAGCUGGGAGUCAGAUAUGACAACCGGCAGUGAUGCCCAGCGCGCCAAGGUUCGACCUCAGCGCCUGUACGACAACAACUCCCACGUCCACUCCCACAACAUCGUCAAGGCAAAGUACGUAGCCGAUGUAAAGCCAAACUACUCUCGCGCAAAGGUCGAUGCCAUGGAGGAGUUGAACGAUCCGACCAUUUCGCGAUCGCUUAUCGACUUACUUCCUUCGCCGAACCAUCGUCGCAAGCCGAGUGUGUCCGAUGGCUUCCUGUAUAGCUUCGACCGAAUCGACACUCCCGGCAAGCCCUUGUCUCUGGACGUUUUUGUGAAGACGAACACUAAGGAGACUGAGAAGCUUGUAGAGAAGGAGUACGAGAUCCUUGAUUACAAUGGAGAUGCUCUCAAGGGUCGAAAGGCUCGUCGCAACCUCCGUGGUCAGAACCAAGGCCCCUCGGAUGAGUCCACGAUUGUCGAAGAUGACGGCUUCGAGCUCGUUUGA